AGCUUGGCUCCAAAGCCACGGCCGUGCCGUAACGAGCCAUAGAGGGACGCCUGGCGGCGUGAUGGAGGCUGCAAAGCUCGUCUCAGCUCCGUCCCAGGCAGGCAGCGAGCUGAACACGUCAGUGGGCGGCACCUCGCAACACAGCCUGGAGCGCCGUGUCGCGUGGCUGGAAGAGGAUGUGGCAGUGAUCCACCGGCGUGUGAAGGUGGAGUGCGCCGACACAGGCGGCAUCGCGGGGGAUCCGGGCCUGCGAGCUCUGGUGGCGCGGCUGGAUGGAGAGCUGGCACAGGAGCGACGUGCCCGUGAACUGCUGGAGGUCCGGAUGUCCUCCCUGGAGGAGGCGUUAAAGCGAGAGCACUCCGAGCGCGAGGCCAACAUGAAGUCCUUCUCACAGGACUUAGAGUCAACGAUGCGAGGUCUGAUUGGUCGCAUAGACGAUGGCCUGUCUUCUGGAGCAGCAUCAAUGCGUGACCGCACAGACCAGACUGAGGUCCGCCUUCGCAGCCUCAUCAAGCGCGUGGACGAAGGCCUCACGGCUGGGGCGGCAGCUUUGCAGGACAGCUUGAGUCAGAGUGCCAACGGGGCCGAGAAGCUCCCGGAGCGCUCAGUUGGCCGAGAUCGCUCCGCUGCCCCCCGGGGCUCCGUAUCGCCGGUGACGCAGCAGCAACAGCAGCAGCAGCACACGCAGCUGCAGCAUCAGCAGCAGCAGCAGCAGCCCCAACUGCAGCAUCAGCAGCAUCAUCAGCACCAGCAGCACUCGCAGCACCAGGUUAUGCGCCAGGCGGCGUAUGGCAUGAGCCGGCAACGCUCGCCGCAAACGAGUCAGGCGCCUUCACAUGCGCGAUCCCCGCUGCACACGCCCUCCGCUGCAUUCCCUUGCUCCUUGCAGGUGCCAGGCACCGGGCUCAAUGCACCGGGUUUGGGCUAUCCUCGGCAGGCUCCCACAGGCAGAGUACCCAUGGGAUGGGCACCCUCACGCUGAGCCGCGCGCCCGCCCAGGUGAGCACCUGCACAUCGCUGGACCUGAGAGUGUCUCAACGCGCUUGGUCGCGUGAAGCAGCCAUCUCAACUGCC